CAGUUUACUUCCAGAACCGUUCCGCUUUCUACAUUGCCAUGCUGCCGGUGACAUGAUGUGCUUUCUUCGUACAAACAUUUCUUCACCAUUGAUUCGCAUAUUACUGGUAUUAUUACUACACUAUACUUGUCGUGCUCAAUUAGUACGCGGAAGACCGCCGUCUUUUCGCGAAGAAGAUUUUCCCGCUUCGAUUCGUCUGACCGAAGGGCAGUCAUUACUUUUGAACUGUCGCGCAGAUCUUGCGGAAAAAGUGCUUUGGCUGAAGAAUGGCGUCACAACCGCGAUUGAAGCAAGCAUUUUGCAAGUGUCGGCCUCAAAUCGUAAUGAUUCCGGCGUGUACAGAUGCAUAGUUUCGAAUUCUGUUGGCUCUGUUUUGUCGCCGCCAAUCAAGGUCGACGUUCAAUAUUUGGAUGGUUUUGAAGAAGAUGCCGGCAGAAAAGAAAUUUUUGUUAGAGAAGGAGGCCAUUUUGUGCUCAAAAGACCAGCGCUACUUGCCAGUGGUGAACUGUCUGGAAUGGAUUACUCAUGGUUCAAUGGCGAUAGUCAGGUCUAUUCGAAUGGAUCACGCUACAUCACUUCAAGGGGAGAUCUGGUGGUCGUAGAUGUCACGCGUGACUCGUUUGGAGACUAUAAGGUGGUCGCAUCCGCUGAAGGAUUGAAUGAAGCAAUUUCGAGCGUUUUUACCGUUCGGCCGAAUGAGAGUGUAGGGGAAUCCUUCGAUGCGUUGUCUAUAGUUUACUUUUCUGAAGAUAGGACUAUCCUUGAUUCGGGGACGGCGCAGAAGAACUCUGAGAUCUUCGACUGUGUGGCAUCCAGAAGGAAUGGAGCUCGAACUCGAUGGUAUCUUGACGAGACUGCCAUAACGGGGACUGAGAAUGGUGUCGAUUUAUCUCAAAACAACCGACGUCUUACUCUAGUGUCUCCGCUACUUUUGAUGAAAGGUCGGAACGAACAUAAAUUGGAUUGUAAGGUGGUGGCGGAGUCUGGACGGGCAUUCGAUCAGAGGUCUUUGAAGAUUAGUGUCGUAGGACUGCCAAUUCUCAAACCUCUUCCAUCGGAACUUAUGCGGCCCUCGGGUUCAGAAUUAAGUCUGCACUGUGCUCAAAAAGUAAAAAGUGAAUCUCCCACAUCAAUCAAAUGGUACUUCAACGGUCGUGAGAUUGUCGCGAAAAGGGGCCGACUAGUGGUCAAAGAGCUGUCGCACAGCGAUUAUGGUGUAUACCAAUGUGAAGCGACAAAUGAGGCUGGAUCCACCAUGAUUAGUGUGUGGGUGAAGGAGGGAGCGGCUGCAAAUCCAGUGAUAUCCCAAUCCGAUCAACCCGUCGCCAGUGAAGAGAGGGAAGAAUCUGAUUCUGCACCACCAGAGAUUACCGUACCACCUAAAGAUGUAUCCUUCGCCGUCGGAGCUCCCACACUAAAACUGCCUUGUGUUGUCGCUGGCGUGCCAAUGGCCACCGUAACCUGGCGUUUUAAUGAUAUGGAUAUAACGUCGGAUUCCACCAAGUAUGAUGUGACAAAUGGCGGCUUGAUCAUUCAUGAUUUGAAGAAGUCCGAUAGCGGAAGCUAUAGUUGUAUAGCAAAAAACAGCUAUGGAAUGACAAGCGCUACUGCGAAAGUGAUGUCGACUGGCUCGAAUUUGAUCGAAUAUGGCCCGACGAAUCAGAGUGUAGUGAUAGGAACGAAUAUAGUGAUACCAUGUGAAGUUAGCCCAGAUUAUGAAGCCAGCGCGAAUGUUGUAUGGUUCAUGAACGAUGAGCAAAUUCCAUCAACCGGUAAUCCAAGUUUACGUCUUACCAACAAGAAAGGUGGCCUGUUGAUACAGCAAGUGGGUCCGGACAACAUUGGAGAGUAUCGAUGUACUGUAACAGCUGAUGGAAGGGAAGAGAGCGCUUCUGCUUUCUUGAGGAUCAUCGAACGACCCCAAAUGCCUACAUUUGUUCGUGCUGAGCUCAUCAACACUACAGUUCCUGCGAAAAUCCGUGUCUCUUGGGUCGAAGGGUUUGAUGGAAAUUCGCCCAUAAUCAAGCAUGCUGUUGAAAUGCGAACCGUGGGUCCAACUCAACUUUGGAGCGAUUGGGAAGUUGUCGUUGAUAAUGUUCCUAGUGAGGAAUGUUGCUCUGUACUAGUGGAUAAUCUCCGACCAUCAGUGACGGCCGAGUUUCGUGUAGUAGCGUCGAAUCGGUAUGGUUCCGGAAAACCAUCUCUGCCAUCAGGUAAUGUCACGAUGCCGCAGCAACCACCGGCGGCUGCGCCACGCAAUGUGGCAGCAUCGGCGAGGUCAGCGAACAGUAUCAUAGUGCAGUGGCAACAACCACAGGAAGAACAAUGGAGCGGGGAUAUAUUGGGUUACAUUGUUCGUUAUCGCCUUGCUGGUUACACGCUACCAUGGAUAGAGAAGAACGUGACCACGAAAGAUGCAAGAAAUACGGCCAUCGAUCAGCUGAUCACUUGGAGGGAGUACGAAAUCCAGGUGGCGGCCUAUAACCAUAGAGGAUUGGGCGUUUUUAGUAAAAGCAUCGAUGUGACUACAGCCGAAGGAGUUCCCACUCAGUCUCCAAGAAAUGUCAUAGCCAAUGUUUUGAACUCAACUGCUGUACAAAUCAGAUUUACUGCACCUGAUCAGCAGCGAAUUCCUGGCGUUAAUCUUGGAUACAAGGUGGAAUUCUGGAAAGGUGUCCCACAAAAAGGUGUUCUGUAUCGUCAGGUUAUGGUAGAUCCAACAUCAAGAGAUCUGGUAGUCGUUGUCGAAGGGCUAGAGAAAUAUGGACAUUAUAAUGUGACAGUUCUUUGUUACACUUCACCUGGAGAUGGCCCUCGAAGUCCUCCGGUAUCUGUGGUCACUGACGAAGACAUUCCAGGGCCAGUCAGCGGGCUAAGCAUAGCUGAGGUAAUGUUCAACGGUGCGGUGGUUGCUUGGGAUCUACCAGAACAUCCAAAUGGCAUAAUCACGAGAUUUGUGGUCCGGUACUGGAAUGAUGCCUACCCGAAUGACGUCACGGUACAGGAGUUUGAUGGCACACAAAGGAACCUUACGAUUGAGGGACUUAGCCCAUCUACUCAUUACACGGUAGACAUCAUGGCAUCCACGGUCAAAGGUGAUGGCCCACGCGAAGAAACAAAGUUCGAAUCUGGAGUUCCACCAGAGCUACCAGGGCGGCCAACCUCUCUUACCGUAUCGGACAUCCGUGCCAGAUCAGCGAUGAUUAACUUUGUACCCGGCUUUGAUGGUCACACAGCCAUUCGACAAUGGAUUGUUGAGGCAAAAAUAGCGGACUCGAGUGUGUUCCAAGUCAUCUACAAUGUUAGUGCCCCAAAAGCUCGAUCCAUACCUGUGGAAGGUCUCCGCCCAUACACACGCUAUCAGCUUCGACUGAUUGCUGAGAAUGUGCGUGGAAGAGGUGCACCCAGUGAGCCAAGUGUUGCUUUUGAGACGAAGCAAACGAAUCCAGAAACACCAGCGUCGCGACUUUAUGCUGAGCCUUUAUCAGCAACUUCUCUUUCACUUUCUUGGACUCCACUAUUAGCGAAUCAAUGGAAUGGGCAACCGAAAGGGUAUCUAAUACUAUAUAGGGAAGUCGGAACGGAUCAUUGGCACGAAGUGCGCAUACCUUCACUACGAGCGAGCGACUUUACUUUGCGAGAUCUUCAACCCUACACAAGCUAUGAAGUCCAACUUUUUGCUGAAAAUAUGUUUGGCAGGAGCUCAUCAUCGGGGACAUCGGAAGCAAAGACUUACGAAGGGGUGCCAUCGGGACCACCAAGAAAUGUCCGAGCUGAUGUUGAUAGCAAACGAGGUGUCAUGGUACAGUGGGAAUCUGUGGAAGAAGAACAAGCUAAUGGAAAUAUUAGAGGUUAUGAGAUUCGUCUCGAACCUGAACAAGAGUGGCUAAGAGCGGAUGGUACGAGGAAAUUUGAAGCGCAAGGGGCUACAACAUUCUCGAAAUCGGUUACCGGCUUGCGCGCCUUCACCAGCUAUCUCGUUUACGCGUCUGCUUGUACUAUCGUGGGAUGUGGUCCUGAGAAUAAAGUUCCAGUGGUAGUGCUUACACCCGAAGAUGUUCCUGAUGUCCCAACCGGUGUUUCCUUUUCGUUGAUUAGUGAAAAUGAAGUUCGCCUCAAGUGGACACCCCCGGAGAAUCCGAAUGGAAAAAUCAAGUCAUACUACGUCUCAUACUGGAAAUCAGCUGAAGAUAGGUCAUCGGCCAUUAGAGCUCCACUUUCAUCAACGCUUUUGUUCUUCACUGCAAACGGUCUGGAGCCAAACAAACUUUAUACUUUUACUGUGCAAGCUGAGAAUUCUGUAGGAUUGGGACCAGAGGCUAUGGUGCAAGUAGUGACGACAUCGGUCCGAGUUCCCGUCCAUGCUCCUCCCAUGCCCACAAGGAAUGAUACGGCUAGAUAUGGAGCUGAAAGCAUUGCGAUCCGAUGGGAUACGACUCCAAUGGAAGAAGAUGAUGAUACACCUGUGCGAUUUGUGCAGGUUGAAUACCAAAAAGCCAAUAGCGACAAAUGGAUUCCUGUCGAUAAACUCAUUUCUGGACAAGACGAUGGUGUCGUAGUUCCAAGGCUGAUGCCAAACUCGGAGUACCGCUUCAGGAUACGCUUUAUCGGAGACAGCUCUCAGUCUGUCUGGUCAGCAGAGUCUGACUGGAUGAAAACUCUACAAGCAGAGCCGUCUGCAGCCCCAGCAUCCCUAUCGGCAUCGCCCUAUGAUUCCAGUAGUUUGCUUAUGCAGUGGAACACACCGUUGAGGGAAGCUUGGAACGCAGACGCUAUCGGAUACUGGAUUGCUUUCCGAGAGUAUCCUCUCUCUGUUGAGAACGACACUUGGACUACGGUAGAGAUACCAGCAAAUUCUACUUGGCCUGAACGACCGCAAUAUCUGUUGCACAAUCUGGCUAGUUUCCGUCACUACAUUGUCCGAAUGCGAGCAUUCAACUCCGAGGGAAGUGGGCCAUUCUCUUCGCCAGUUUUUGUCUAUGUUGGUUAUUCGAUACCAAAAAGGAAUGUAAGCAACAUCGUAGCGGAGCCUUUAUCAUCCACUUCCGUGCUAGUGCGAUGGGAUCCAUGGGAUGAUGAUGGUGAUGCAGCGAUCAGUGGAUACAAGGUCCGAUUCCUCCCAGUCUCUUCUCUGCUGUCCGAGUCUACUUAUGAAGAAGAGCUUAUGGUCGUUGAGAACAGCACAUGCGUGAUUACGGAUUUACGCAAGUACACCGAAUACCAGAUAUCAAUAACGCCAUACAAUAGAGCUGGUGAAGGUGCUGUCUCAAGAAUCCGAGUACGGACACUAGAAGAUGUACCGGGGAUGGUAGGAGCGCUGAAGUUCACGGAUAUUCUGCUAGACUCGGUGCGUGUGUCUUGGAAAGCUCCAACGGAACCGAAUGGUGUCAUCACUGGCUAUAUCGUGAACUACAGAACGUUCAAAAUGAAGGAAGAGUUCAAAAAAGAAGUUCAAUCUCGAACGCAACAGACAUUCUAUCCGGCUACGAAUCUCGAAGAAGGUGUCACCUACUUCUUUGCGGUUUGGGCUGAAACAUCGGCUGGCAGAGGCACUGAAGUGACUGGUAAUGUCACUUUGGGACCUAUUCCAGAUGGCCCACCAGCUCCUACAAAGCUGUCAUUGAUACCUGGACCAUCGUCAGUGACUGUAGAAUGGAAGGAUGAGCGGAGUGAUGGAAUCAUUGGCCAUCUGAUUCAAGCGAAAUUGGUGUCCAAGGAAACGAAUCCAAUACAACAGAAAAAGCUUCAUAAGCGCUCAUUUGGUCGACCAACACAUAUUCAUGGAAUAUGGGUGACAUUGCGAUUAGUUGAAGGAGCGGGUCAGCAUCAUGAGGUCAGCUAUCGCGAACUUGAACCAUCAAGCUACUAUGUGUUCCGUGUAUUUGCCAGAAAUGAAAAGGGUAUCGGGAAAGCGAGUGCUGAAACAGAGCAGCUGUUUGUUCCUGCGUUUAUACCGGAAGAUCCAUUUUACACCACAUGGUGGUUCAUAGCUAUGGUAGCAAUGUCUACCUUUGUGGUGAUAGUACUGGUCGUGGCGUUCCUGUGUAUAACUGGCUCUGUCGCUAAAUACAAACGUGAGAAGCGCGACUCUGUUGACAGCAUUCACUUAGCCAAUGGUAAUUUCGUAGCAUUCCAAAUGGAAGCUAAUCAUCGCGACAUGGGCAGAAGCAGGAAUGAGUUAUCAACCAGACCGGGCACGAAGCAGUCGUGGCUUUCGGAUCGAGAUCCACCUGCAUAUGGCAGUAUUUUGGGAGACCACGAAAGGCUGAGAGGUCGCGAAAGUAUUGAUGGUAGCGGAAGUGUAGUGAACAUGUACGGGUUGGAAACUGAUGUGAUACCUCCUGCGCCAAAUCAAGAAGCUAUGCAGAGGUCAGGAGCUGAGCAACUCACUGCUCUUGUUGGUCGAGACGUGCGCGGAAGUGCCUAUAUUUCUCAACGGGAUUCCAUAGACAUACUGAAUAGGUCCAAAUAUGGUAGUCGCUCGGAUUACGGUAAUCCGAUAAGCAGGGUGCAAUAUUCUCGGGCAGAUUAUGGCACCAGAAUAGGUUAUAGUCACACAGAAAAUCCGCUCCAGCAAGAAGAAUUUGCUGAUGACUCCUUUGACGAUGAGGAGGAUAAUGGAAGUACGAAAGAUGACGCUGACAAUGGCGGCGAUAAUAUUGCCAGUCAUUACGGUAGCAGUGACCAGUAUCGUGACACAUGGCGCCGAGUCAAAGCCAACGAGGCAAUUCGCACUGCGCCUCCGCCUCCCACUUCAUCGUCAAGAGCUGUUUCCACCGAAAGUGGAAGCGAAUCGUCCUCAGCCUGGCAACCUCAGCCGGCUCCAAAUCUCUCAAGCGGGUUUUCAUCAUUCGUGUAAAAUGUUGUUAUAGCGUAUUGCCUAGGAAAAUGUACAAAGCUCAUUCAUCUUCACUGUCACUCGGUGUUUUUACACAUUUCCAAAAAUAACCCUUUCUCAUUGACGAGAGUCCUCGUUAAAAAAUUUGUUAGUUAAAUCAGUUUUCUCAAAGUGUUCAUACUCUUGAUUCUCACCCGAUUUUUCCCUUGCAUUCGACUAACAUAUCAUUCACAGAAUGAUCCUACGAAGUGCCUUUUGAGGUAUAUAUCUCUCUGAAUAUAGAAAGUCAUUGUCGUUGGAGUCAUGAUCUCAUCAUAGCUUUCAUUUUGGUUUAUAUUGAAAUAUGUUGUUUGCAAUAAAAAUA